UACAUCAGAGGAAGUGAUUGAAGCGAAAAAUCCCGGUUUAAACUUUUUGUGCAAUAUGUCUGGCGAAUGGAGUAACAGCCUAUUUGGGUGUUUUAAUGAUUUUGGAAUAUGUAUUAUUACUUAUAUUAUCCCAUGUUACACGUUUGGAAAGAAUGCUGAGGCCGUGGGAGAGAGCUGUUGCUGCUGUGGUUUAGCUUAUUUCGUCCCCCUCCUUCAUCUUGUGGCGGGAACAAGUAUACGAGGCCGAGUGCGACAGGAAAAAGGGAUUUUGGGAUCGAUGGCAGGCGACUUUCUCACUGUGCUUUUCUGUCCGUUUUGUGCAAUAAUCCAAGAAGCCCAGGAACUUCGGGGUGAUCGUCUUAUGGGAAUGGCGAGAGAAUGACAUUUCAAUAAUGACAUUUAAAUGGCGGUCAGCGACAGAAGAAACUAUUACAGCUUGGAUAAAUGACUUUUUCUUUAAGAUUUGGGAAAUGAGAAAUAAGGAGGGAUGAAUUGUUGCAUUUAACAUCUCAGAACUUUGUACCUCUCAUCAUGUAAAUAAGUCUUGAUCAUUUUUUAUAAAUGGCUGAAAUUUUGUUCAGAAUAUUUAGAGAGAAAAAAACUGAGAUCUGAGAGAAAUCCUAAAUUUAUGUUCUUUGUUUUGUUUUGCUUGUGGUGGAGUGGGAAGGGGUUUCUUAAAAUCUAAAGUUGAAGCUGUAUUUUUGAAAAAAAAGUGAAAUAAGUUUAUACAUGUACUGUGUAAUGGGCACACGACAAGCAUGUUUAAAAAGUAGAAUUGAUGAUGGUAAUUAAAAAUGUGGACAUAUAUUUAAUUAUUGGCAAAACAGGUGUGCAAUGUUAUAAGUUAUAAUGAAUGUAAAUAUU